AUGUCUUCAUCUCAGAAUCAGCAACAAUCAUCAUCUUCUGGUGGGAGGCCUACUGGCGCAACGGGCGGUGGCUAUUACAGACAUCCUUGCCGAAACUGGCAACAGGAAGGCCACCCUAAGAACUACAACUUCAUUGAUCAAAAUGACCAGCUAUGCGCUCAUUGCUUGUGCGCGCCCCGCCAACGUUGA